GGUUAUGCCUGCGUCAGCUGUGCGCGCCGCGGGAAACCUGACAAGCCGCAUGGCUGCGGGUUGUUCAGAGGCUCCGCCGCCAAAGGCGGCCUCUGAGGGGCCGGUUGUGGGACAGGCCGGCGUCUUGCCCUGCCUGGAGCUGCCGACUUACGCUGCCGCUUGUGCGCUCGUGAAUAGCCGCUACUCUUGCCUGGUGGCAGGCCCGCACCGAAGACACAUCGCCCUGUCGCCGCGCUACCUGAACCGGAAACGCACCGGUAUCCGGGAACAGCUAGAUGCGGAGCUCCUACGCUAUUCCGAGAGCCUUUUAGGUGUCCCCAUUGCAUAUGAUAACAUCAAAGUAGUGGGUGAACUGGGAGAUAUUUAUGAUGAUCAAGGACACAUUCAUCUUAACAUUGAAGCAGAUUUUAUUAUUUUCUGUCCUGAACCGGGGCAAAAGCUUAUGGGUACAGUUAAUAAAUUGUCUUCCAGCCACAUUGGCUGUUUAGUACAUGGGUGUUUCAAUGCCUCCAUCCCUAAACCUGAGCAGAUGCCUGCAGAGCAGUGGCAGAACCUGACGAUAAACGUGGGUGAUGAACUAGAAUUUGAAGUAUUUCGUUUGGACUCAGAUGCUGCUGGAGUAUUCUGCAUUCGGGGAAAAUUAAAUACCACCAGUUUACAAACCAAGUGCUCUGCAGUUUCUGAGGAAGUAACAGAAACUGGUACUGAAGAAAUUAUUGAAAAACCUCUCAAGAAGAAGAAAAAGAAAAAGAAGAAAGACCCAGAAUCAUAUGAAGUGGAAAGUGAUAACAGAGAGUUAGCAGAUUGUGCAGAUGCCACAAUGAAGAAAGAGACAGACCUGCAGAUUGAUAAUGUGAAUGGCCUCUGGAAGGCUGAGCCAAAAAAGAAGAAAAGGCACCAGGAAGAUCAGGACCAGGAUCCUGUUUUCCAAGGCAGUGACUCCAGUGGUUACCAGAGUGACCAUAAGAAGAAAAAAAAGAAAAGGAAACACAGUGAGGAAGCUGAAUUUACCCCAGUUUUGGAACACUCACCUAAAAAGAAAAGGGAAAAGUAAUUUUCUUUAGUGCAUUUUAAAUAUUCAGCUUUUUAAAGAUUUAGAUACAAGAGAUGAAUAAAUGUGGGAAUGGUAUGAAAUGCUUGUGUAUUCCCGUAGUCUACAAAACAGGAAACAUUUGAUUAGGAGUUUUUGGUGCUUAAAUUAUUACAGUGAUAAUUACUGUAGGAAAUGCCAGGAUUAUUAAACUGCCAUUUUAUUGUUACAGAAUAAAAAGGUAAGAGCUACUCUUUCAAGUCUUACAUUUUCCCAGUUUUUACAUCUAAAUUAGAUAAAAUUAUUCCUAUACUCUGAAGACUGGCAAAAGGACUUUGUAAUACAGUGUAGUUCAUAUCAUUCAAGAAUGAGUUGGAGCUUGUUUUUUUUUUUUUUUAAAUAGGUUUGACCUUUAGUCAUAAUUUAGGUUUUUUGCUUUUUGGUUUGGUUUUUUUUGGGGGGAGGGGGUCAUGGCUACUACAGUGAUUCUGUGGUUCAACUUAGAAUGGUUUGCCAAAGGCGUUCCUGUUAAGUCUCCAGAGCUCUUAAGAACCAAGCCACUAUUGACUGUGGUAGGAAACAUUGUUUACUAUUCUUUCCUUCCAGAUGGAGGUUGAUGAGAGGAGGCUGAUGGACAAGGUUAUUUCCUUGUACUUGUGCCUCAACCAUUCUGCUUUUGCUGUAUUUGGAGGAGCAGAGUCUGACUGAUUAAAACAUAAAUGCCAUUAGUCGUAGUGGGGGAUUUUCUCAACUACUUUUGAUGAUUAGGUUAAGGUACUAAAAAUUGUUUAAGAGAAAAUUUCAUUGAGAAAAUGUGGACUUUUUUAACUACUAGAAAACAAUGAGUAAUGAAAUAAGCUGCUUCAGGCUGAUAAAGCAUGGCCACAUUGAUUUAACAGUACCUGACCACCUGACCAUGGCUAUGUGUAACACAUCUAAGGAAAGAUGUAGUUCCUUCCAUUAUGGAGUGUCAUUGGAGAUACAGAUGCACACAUAUAAGGAAAUACAGAAAAUUAGUAAUUCUGGUAAGUACUAACAACAAGACUGUCUACUCACUGUUAGCUGUGUUAAUAUCUCUGAGUGGAUGAAUGGUUGAAAUGAACUUCACAUGGCACCUAUUCUGCUUCUAUUUUUCUACUGUCCGAUGUAACACUGGUCUCACAUGGUUUAAUUUUACUAUUUAAAUUCUGCUAGUAGUAUAUCCUGAUCCGAAUCUGUAAUGAUAGAAUAUAGAAUUUGGGGAGUAGCAGAUAUUCACACGUUUGUCCUCAAGUAAAUUAGUAAGACCAGACAAUGGAAAGAUACAGAGGAAUUUCUUUUCCUACAAUUUAGUGUGGGUAUUGAGCCCUUAAAAUAUGGCUAAUACAAAUUGACAUGUGGUAUCAGUAUAAAACCCAAGAUUUUGAAGAUGUACAGAGAAUGUAAAAUAUCUCAAUUUUGUAUAUUGGUGAAAUUAUUUUUGGUAUAUAGUGUGUUAAAUAAAAUUUAUAUUCAGCUUUUUUUGACUUUUUUUUUUUUUUGCUAAAAGGUUUAAAAUCUUAUGUGAGGCUCACUAGUAUUCUGUUGAGGAUUUCUGUAUUAAGGUUCAUCAGAGAUAUUGGCCUGUAGUUUGGGGGAGGUUUUUUGGUAGUAUUUGUAUAUGGUUUUGGGUAUCAGAUUAAUCCUCAACAACAUAUUAGCAAACGGUAUCCAACAAUACAUUAAAAUCAUUCACCACAGUCAAGUGAUUUACUCCAGGGAUGCAACUGUGGUUCAAUAUUUGCAAAUCAGUCACAUGCUACAUCACAUUUAGAGAAAGGAUAAAAACCACAUGAUCUCAACAGAUGCAGAAAAAUCAUUUGGCAAAUGCAACAUCCAUUUGUAAUAAAAUCUCAACAAUAGGGCGCCUGGGUGGCUCAGUUGGUUAAGCGACUGCCUUCGGCUCAGGUCAUGAUCCUGGAGUCCCGGGAUCGAGUCCCGCAUCGGGCUCCCUGCUCGGUGGGGAGUCUGCUUCUCCCUCCGACCCUCCCCCCUUUCAUGCUCUCUCUCUGUCUCUCUCUCUCUCAAAUAAAUAAAUAAAAUCUUUAAAAAAAAAUGCCUAUAAAAAAAAAUAAAAUCUCAACAAUAUAGGUGUAGAGGCAACAUACCUCAACAUAAUAAUGACCGUAUAUGAAAAACACAAAGCUAACCUCCUACUCAAUGUUGAAAGGCUGAAUAUUUCCUCUAAGAUUAGGAACAAGACAAGGAUGUCCACAUUCACCACUUCUAUUCAACAUAGUACUGAAGGCCUCAUUUUCUUACACCAUACACAAACACAAGACAAAUUAAACACCUAAGUGUGAGAACUAAAACCGUAAAAAUCCUGGAAGAAAACAGGUAUUAAUUUUUUGACAUUGGCUCUAGCAACAUUUUUAUAGGGAUAUCUCCUCAGGCAAGGAAAGCAAGUUAAAAUUAAACUAGUGGGACUACAUGAAAAUGAAAUGCUUUUGCACAGCAAAGGAAACCAACAGAACAAAAAGACAAGCUACUGCAUAGAAGGUAUUUGCAAAUGAUACAUACAGUGAGGGGUUAAUAUCCAAAAUAUAUGUAAAGACCUUACACAUUUCAACACCAAAAAAAAAAAAACCCAAAAAAUCCCCAAAUAAUUUAAAAAGGGGGGGUGGCAGAGGACCUGAAGAGACUUUCCCAAAGCAGACAUUCAGAUGGCUAGCCAAAAGACACAUAAAAGAUGGUCAACAUCACUAAUAAUCAGGAAAAUGCAAAUCAAAACCACAAGGAGCUCUCACCGAACACGGGUCAGAAUGGUUAGAAUCAAAAAGAAACAAGUGUUGGUGAGGAUGUGGCAAAAAAGGAACCUUCGUGCACUGUUAGUGGGAAUGUAAAUUAGUGUAGCCACUGUAGGGAAACUAAUUUCUGAAAGAAAAAUAGAGAAGGACUUCAGGGAAGAUGGUGGAGUAGGAAGAUCCUGAACUCACCCUUUCCAAGGGACACACUGAGAUAACAGCCACAUGAGCAAGCUAACUCAGAAAAUGACCAGUAGAAUAGACUUUCCACCAUUCAUGGUAGAUAACAGGCCACAUCUAAAAGGGUAGGAGGGGUGGAGACAUGGUUGAGAAUUAAGCCCUCAGACUAACCAGUAACGGUAGAGAUUCCACACAGGGCAUUCCAGGCACAGGGGACCUGCACUGGUCAGACAAGUCCCCUUAACCUUUGUCUUUGAAAACCACAGGUGCUUAAAUUUGUUAGUUUUACAAUCAUCAGGGCUUAACGCCGAGUACUUAAAAUUCACAUACCUAGCUUCAGGAGAGCUGAGGGCCAUACGAAAUUGAUUCCCUGCCCUUAAAGGCCCAUAACCUGCCUGAGAUACAGCAUAGAAGCAGCAAUUUGAAAAGUGCUUGGGGUAUACAUGAAGAGUUAUUUACUAAUCUCAAUGUGUCCUGGAGGGGCAGGGACAGACUUCUCCAAGAACAAAAUAUUUGACAGGUACCAUUUCCCUCCACCCCCAGGCUAGACAGCCAGACACUUGUUAGAACAAGUAUACUCUCCAUCUAUCUUGCUAAGACUUCAUGCUCCACCCCCAUGUUCUGCAUAUCUGCCCCUUCCAACUCAUCCCCUUUGGCAGGUGUCUCCAAUGUAGCUUCUAUCUCAGCACACCCUGCAACCAGCCCCAGCAGGAACUGGCAGCACUCAAGUGAAUCCUGUCUCAAGGAGAGGGGAAGAUAACCACACACACUUGUAAUGCCACAGUCCCAGCAGACAGGCUGGGAGCAGGCAUUGGGCCUGACUGCAGGCCCUGGCCUACCAACAAAAGCCUCUCAGGGGACAAGGAAGUGAAAAUGCUUUGCAUGUCCAUGAAACUAUAGCCCUGGCAGAAGGGCUGAGGGUAGGCAUCUGGUCUGACUGCUGACAGCAUCCAACUGUAGGACCACUGUGGCCCCUGCACUGGCCCUUUAACAGCACAGGGACCAAACUAGUGUACCCACAACAGGCAAAGUAGCCUAUUGCAACUGACUGCAACUGAAAGCAAAUGUAGGUCACUCACAACAGUAGGGCAAAAACAACCCACAUAGGAGACAGUGCUGAAGCACCUGGUCCUGGUGAACAGGGGGUAUUGUGCAACAGGGCACCCCAGGAACUCUUCUUCCUAGGGCCACAUCAAGAGCAGGAGACAUAGCUGACUUCCCUAAUACUUAGAAACAGAGUUAGACAAAUGAGAGGAAUGAGCCAAAUGAAAGACCAGUACAAAACCACAGCAAAUGAACUAAAUGAAAUGGAGACAAGCAAUACACCUGAAAGAAUUUAAAGUAAUGGUCAUAAAGCUACUCAAUGGCCUUGAGAAAAGUGUGGAGGAUCUCAGAUGUUCAUAAAGGGAUAGAAAAUAGAAAAACCGAUGAACUCAACUGAAAUUAAAAAUACACUAGAGGGAAUUAGUAAUAGACUGGAGGAAGCAUAAUGGAUCAGUGACAUAGAAGAGAGAGUAAUGGAAAUCAACCAAGCUAAAGAGAAAAAGAAUAAUGAGAACAGAUUAAGGAAUCUCAGCAACAUCAUCAAGCAUAAUAACAUUUGCAUUAUAGAGAUCUCAGAAGGAGAAUAGAGAGGCAGGCACUAAAAUUUGAAGAAAUAAUAGCUGAAAAUUCCCUAAUCUGGGGAAGGCAGCAGACCUCCAGAUUCAAGAGGCAUGGAGAACCCCAACCAACCUAACCCAAGGAGAUACCAAGGCAUAUAGUAAUUAAAAUAGCAGAAAGUACUGAUAACGAGAAUUUUAAAGUUAGAAGAGAAAAGUCACAUACAACCAAAACCCCAUAAAGCUAGCAGGUAAGUUUUCAGCAUAAACUCUAUAGACCAGAAGGAAGUGCCAUGAUACGUUCAAAGUACUGAAAAGAAAAAAAACAACCAAGAACAUACUACUCACCAAAAUUCUCUAUUAGAAUAGAUGGAGCGAUGGUUCCUUAGACCAACAAAAGUUAAAGGAAUUCAUCACCAAUAAAUCAGCCUUACAAGAAGUGUUAAAGGGAAUUUUUUGGGAAGAAAAGCCAUAAUCAGGAGUAAGAAAAUUAUAAAAGGAAAAACUUCACAGAUAAAUGCAAACAAAAGUAGAUUAAUCUCUUUAGUAUGGAGGUUAAAGCACAUAUGCAGGAAAAUAAAUUUUAUCUAGAAAAUCAGUCAAGUGUUUCACAAAAUAAGAGGAUGUCAAGAAUGACAUCAUAUACAUAAAAUGUGAGGAAUGAGUAAAAAAUGCUUUGAGAAUGGGUUUAAACUUAAGCAGCCAUCAACUUAAAAUAGACUACUAUACACCUAAGUUGUUUACGAACAACAACAAAUUGAAAACCUGUAAUAAAGAAAAGGGAAUCCAAAGUAAACGGAUGGCAGCAAAGUAAGAGGACCGUAGGCUCACCUCGACCUACAAAUAUAAUUAAGUUAACUAUCAAAUCAUCCCAAAUACCCCAGAAACUGACCUGAAGA